AUGGCAACCGGACAUCAUACCAACGGCCAAAGUGGCACCAAUGGGUUUUCUAACGGAACUGGGGGCAGCUCGCUCACGAACUACAUCGCCUACCAAGUUCAAGGCUCUGAAAGAAAAAACAUCGGCCACUACGAUGUUGAGAAUGAAACCAUUCAACCACUCGCAUUUGCCUCUGGUACACUACUUGAAGACCUGUAUCAAGUCAUUCAAGUUGGAGAAUCUGGCAUCGUUCCCUCUGGCGAGAGCGUAUCUGCCUCUCAAGUCAAGAUUCUGCCCCCAAUCAGUGGCCGAGACGUGCUUUGCGUAGGCAAGAACUACGCCGAACACGCCAAAGAAUUCAACAGUUCUGGUUUCGACAGCUCCGACAAGGUCGAUCAGCCAACUCAUCCCGUCAUCUUUACCAAGCGUUUCACCUCCAUCAUUGGCGCUGGCGAGGAUAUCUACCCUCAUCCUGGUUUCACAGAGACCAUCGAUUAUGAAGGCGAGAUUGGUGUCAUCAUUGGAAAAGCCGGCCAUCGCAUCUCCGAGGAGAACGCAAUGCAACAUGUCUGGGGUUAUACCAUUGUCAACGACAUGACUGCUCGCGAGAGACAGCGCGAUCACAAGCAGUUCUACAUUGGCAAGUCGCCUGAUACUUUCUGUCCCAUGGGACCCAUCGCUGUGCCAGCAGACAAGCUCAACAAAGUUCUGAGGGUCCAAACCAAAGUAAACGGUGAACUGAGACAGGACGCCACAACGGAAGAUCUGAUCUUCAGCAUCCCUUUCCUCAUCAAGACAAUGUCAGAGGGCCAGACACUGAUGCCUGGAGACAUUCUGGCUACUGGAACUCCUGCUGGAGUUGGCAUUGGUAGAAAGCCUCCAACUUAUCUCAAGUCUGGCGACGAGGUUGAGGUUUCGGUGACCGGCCUUGGUUCGCUGAGCAAUCGCAUCGGCAGCUCCGGAUCGUCCAACCCUACCGUUGCUGCUGUCGAGGCCAUGAACAAGCUUCCCCUUUCCAACGUCAAGACCGUCGACUCGAACGGCUUGACCAAGAUCAACAACAAGCUGUUGCACUACCGUCAACAAGGCCAAGCUUCAGGACCGAAUCUGGUGUUCGUCCACGGACUCGGAGGCACAUCAGAUUACUGGACUCCUCUAGUGCAAGCCGCCCACCUGGACCAAAGCCACAAUCUUCACUUCCUCGAUCUCGAAGGACACGGCUUGUCACCCACCUCCCCACUCAGCAAUCUCAGCAUCGAGUCCUUCGCCGCAGAUCUCAAGGGCGUAUUCGAUCAUGCAAACAUCUCUGGCGGCGCUACACUACUCGCCCACUCGAUGGGCUGCCUCGUCGCACUCAGAUUCACUCUGGACAACCCAGACUCGGUCAGCAAACUCAUCCUCGUGGGUCCACCUCCCUCGCCUCUUCCCGCAGCCGCCAGCACAAACUCGCAUGCACGCGCCCACCUCGUCCGCACACAGGGCAUGUCUACCGUAGUCGAUGCGAUCGUCACAGCAGGCACCUCGUCCAAAACAAAGUCUCACAACCCAUUAGCAGUCACAGCCAUCAGACUCUCCCUACUCAGUCAAGAUCCAGAGGGUUACGCAAAAGCCUGCGCAGCCCUUGCCAACGCAACCGCAAAGCUGGACUUUGCUGCCGUCAAAACACAGACGCUGAUCAUCACUGGCUCCGAGGACAAGGUAUCGCCACCGCGGCUGUGUGAGGAGUAUGCGGCGUCGCUGCCUAAAGGUAGUUCAGUCGAGGUUUUGGAAAACGUGGGACAUUGGCAUGUUUAUGAGGAUGUCGAGGGUGUGAGUCGUGCUGUUUCUGCGUUUCUUGCCGGUUAG